CUUCUCAAUGAGCUUUUUCAUAUGAUUCAUACCUUAUGGUGAAGUGAUGUUCCCAAGACUCGUGCGCUUCGAGGCUCAUCGCGAGAGUUGGACUGCAUGCAGCGAAUCCUGCGGGGGGCGUGAGGAAAAUGAGCCCCGAGGACUACCAGCAGUGGAGGCACUUCCACGAGAGAAGGAAGAAAUGGCGAUACUUGAUGUUGGUCACGGCGUUGCUUGGGAUCGUCGGGUUGAUCGUCCGAAUCACCAUGGGGGCCGAAACGGUCGGGUAUGUCUCCAUGGACUUCAUUGUGGCUGGGCCUCUCGCUGUCUUCCUGGUGGCUUGCAUCUUCGACAGUUUCGACAGACGACACAGGAAACCUAGGUGCCUUGCUGUUGGAGUGGAUCCCAAGCUGUACAUGUUCCCGAACGUCCCAUACCUCUUCGUGGACAGUGAAGAACUCCCGGCCUUGAAUCGCAUCUGGUACGUGGGGCUACCCGAAGAUGUCACGCCCCAUGGGGCCAGAAGCGUCAAAUGCCGCGUGCAUCGGAAUGCCCUGGAAACGAUACGGGGGAAGUUCUGGAACAUGAAGACGACCGUCCCUACGCCGAAUCAGGGGGAUCCUCCGUUCUGCGUUAAAGUGGACUCUUUGGGAGACCGUCCCGAUAUGGUGGAGGCCGUCCUUUGGGAUCCCUCUUCCGUCCCUGCUUCUGCACCUCCAUCUCAGGUGCUUUCGUCACAUCCGGCUCAGGCGUUGUUGUCAAGUCCGGCUGAGGCGCUUUCGUCGCGGGCAAUAAUGGAGGCCAGAAUAGAUCUCGCACUGCGGUUGUUGCAGCAGCAGCAGCAGGAAUGUUUCUGGAAUGAUCAGUUGUUCCAACUCGAACUCCAAACUCCAAGUUCCCAUUUUGACAUGCCGCCGAGUUACGAAGAAGCAAUACAGCUCUCGGCUCCGCCCGUGUCGAUAUUAAGAAAGCGAAGAAAUACUAAUUCUCUCUAA